CAUUCACAUUGCAACUGAAAAGGUCUCUAUGUCUCUUUGGAUCCCAAAAUAUUAGUAUAAAAAGGCAGAUGAUGCCAUGCUAAAUCAUCAGUCAACGUUGGUUCGCUCUUCGAUAACUGCACAAUAUACAAAAUGUUCAAAUUCUUGAUGAUCUGCGCUAUUGUUGGCUUGGCCGCAGCCUUCCCAGGUGUGCCAGUCGUAGACGAAGUAGAUGGUGUCAUCUCUCGCAGCGAGGAUAUCCGUCCAGAUGGUUUCGACUCAAAAUUGGAGACAUCCAAUGGCAUCAAUGACCAGCGUUCCGGUGAUGAGCACGGCAACAUCAAGGGCAGCUUCAGCUGGAUCUCAAGCGACGGUGAGCACAUCCAGAUCUCCUAUGUGGCCGAUGAGAACGGUUACCAACCAUCUGGCGCUGUUCUGCCAACCCCACCACCAAUCCCAGUUGAGAUUCAAAGAGCUCUUGAGUGGAUCGCAGCUAAUCCUUCGGUUGAGCACUAAGCUACUGAAAAUCUAACGCACUGAAUGCUUGAUGAAUCCUACCUUUGAUUAUUGCUUGACAUCGAAAAUAUUUAAGUUUUUCAUUCAUGUAUAAAUACAUGCAGCAAAUUGCUUAUUGCAAAA